GGAGGGAUGAUUGCCUUGCUGCUUUCCAUCUUGUGUCUGGUUAUGAUUCUCUACACGCGCCGGCGUUGGUGCAAGCGCCGUCGAGUGCCGCAGCCCCAGAAGAGCGCCAGUGCUGAGGCAGCCAAUGAAAUUCACUACAUCCCCUCGGUGCUGAUUGGUGGCCACGGCCGCGAGAGUCUGCGGAAUGCCCGGGUGCAAGGGCACAACUCCAGUGGGACGCUGAGCAUCAGAGAGACUCCAAUCCUAGAUGGUUAUGAAUAUGACAUUUCUGACCUGCGCCACCACUUACAACGAGAAUGCAUGAACGGGGGUGAGGACUUUGCCAGCCAGAUGACCAGAACACUGGAUUCGCUACAAGGCUGUAAUGAAAAAUCAAGCAUGGAUCUAACCCCAGGCAGUGACAAUGCCAAGCUCUCCUUGAUGAACAAGUACAAGGAUAAUAUCAUUGCGACCAGUCCUGUGGACUCCAACCAUCAACAGGCAACUCUGUUAUCUCAUACAUCUAGCAGUCAACGCAAGCGGAUCAAUAACAAAUCACGAGCUGGUUCUGCAUUUCUGAACCCCGAAGGAGAUUCUGGGACAGAAGCAGACAAUGACCCCCAGCUGGCCUUUUACACAGACCCAUCACGGAGCAGGCGACGUAGUAGAGUGGGUUCGCCUAGAAGUCCUGUUAGCAAGACAACUCUGACUCUCAUCAGCAUCACCAGCUGUGCCAUUGGUCUGGUCUGUGCUUCUCAUGUGAGUUGCCCACUUGUGGUCAAGAUAACACUUCAUGUACCGGAGCAUCUUAUUGCUGAUGGAAGCCGGUUUAUCUUAUUAGAGGGGAACCAACUGGAUGCCAGCGACUGGUUAAAUCCUGCCCAGGUGGUUCUUUUCUCCCAGCAGAAUUCUAGUGGGCCGUGGGCCUUGGAUAUGUGCGCCCGGCGACUUCUCGACCCUUGUGAACAUGAGUGUGAUCCUGAAACUG